UCUAAUCACAUGACCAACAACCAUAUGAGAUGAACAAAAAGCACGUGCCGAUAUGAAUGAAUUUCCUUAUCAUUUUUGCAAAUUUAAAACUAUAAAAGGAAAGAAUUCUGUGGAUCCCAUGAUUUUUUUCGGUAAUUUAUUGUUCAUUCAUCAAUUGUUAUGUGCCAACAUAGAUGGUGGAGAGGGUGAUGAUGGCUCAGAAUAUGUAUAUACAGAGGAAGAACUUGAGUAUGAUCUUAAGCACUUACUGGAUGAACCUGAAGAACACUUGGAUCUCAGGUGUGCCCACAUUGUGGAACGUCUUCUCUUGUCAGAUUGUGAGACACUUUUGGAGAGGGCAACAAGGAAAAAAUACGAGAACUUGCAAACCUUCUAUCGUGAACUUUCAAAGACAAUACAAUUUGUCUACGAGGCAGAGAAGUUCAGCUUAUACUUUUCUGCCCAACAGGAAGAUAAUGCUGAGCCAAGAGAGAGAUUGAAAGUUUUUAUUGACAAAUCAAGCAUUGAAAAAGCAAAAUAUAUUUUAAAACGAUUCGACCGUGUGAAUUUGACAAUUGUUCAUGGGUUGUCUGUGAAUUUGCAUGAUGUUGAUCUCGAUGACACAAUGCAGCAAUUUAGUUUCAUCACCGAUUUAUACCUUCUAAAAUUGGUACAUCUACAUGCGAAUCGGAAAGGUGAACCCCAUAAAACAUUGCAAGAUUUCAUUGAUCUUGAAGAACUUCCAAAAUUGCGAACACUUAAAGUGAAGCAUAUGUUUGUAACAGAUGAAUUUUUAGAGAAAGUGAGUAGCAUGAAAUUGGAAAGUCUAAGUUUUACUGGAUGUGCUUUUCUUACUGUGCAACAACCGGAAGAUUUUAAGGUAGCUUUUGGAGAAUCAUAUGAGACUAUCUGCUUCAGUAAGUGCGAGAUGUACAGAACAUAUUGGUCAUCUUAUGUUUUAGGUGGAAUGCACUCUAUAGCGAUCAUAAUCAAUCUAAAUAAGUGCGUAAAACUACGCAAUCUGACGGUAAACAUGGGUGAAUAUGCGAGUGUUAUACUCAGUAAACAAAUAGUAAGGGGUCUACGGUGUUUAUCACUAGGCGAAAAGAACCAUGAACUGCUACUUUCGUCUUCUCAGUGUUAUGGUGCUAGACUAGAGCAUCUAACAAUUGAUACAGAAAAUUAUGAGCUCGCUGUUAAUGUUCUAAAGGGAAUUAACCGAAACGAACUUAAGCAUUUAGUAUUGAUUUGUCAUGUUUGUGAUGUUUCCGAUUUAUUUAACCUAGACUUUGCCGCUCUUGAAGUUUUAGAAAUUGAUGCUGGCGGUGGUAAUUUGAGGUUGGAUGCUAGGCUAACCAGUGGAAUACAAAUGAAAAAGUUAGAAACACUGAGAAUAAAUUGCUGGUGUGUGGAUAAAGUGUUCAUGCAAAUGAUAACUGAACUGAAAAUGUUAAAAUAUCUUGAAAUGCUUGUAAAAGGUUGGAAUUGUAAUCAUGAAAUUCUACAUAGACAACUAAGCAAUUUGAAAGGUCCAAUAGAAAAACUCUUUGUUAGUUCUAAUAUGACCAUUGGUGAAUUGGUAAGGUUAAUAGAACCUUUGAACAAGCUGGAAGAAUUUUACAUAGACGGUAGAUCCAUACUUCCGUUGUCUGAUAGCCCCGCCAAUCGAAAUGAUGAUGAAUUUCAACUUGCAAAAGUUGAUGCGAACAAACGGAAUUUGGUGGAGAGCAGGAAUGUGAUGCAUCUAAAACUCCACACUCUCCAUAUUGGCUUAGAUUCAGCUUAUGAAGAACUAAUCGAAUUUAUGUUGUGUCAAGGUUUUGAAGCUUUCGCAGGUAUUAAGAAACUGGUGAUAUUUGAAGCACCAACAGAUUCUUGGACAAGGUUAGAAAAAAUUCAAAAGUUAUCAGAAAUUUCGCCAGAUCAGCUAAAUAACUUGAUCGAAAAUAUUUUUGAGACGCUCAAACAGCUUGAUGUACUGAUUAUCCGUUAUAUGAGUUUUCACAUUUCUGAAGAAAAGGCUCAUAUUCUUCGUAAGCUUUUUUCUGAGAAGUGUAGAUCUCUCAAGGAGCGAUGCGAGUGGUCAGAUAAGUGCAAUGAAGAACAAACAAUCUUCGAGCUUUAUAAGUAA